AUGUGUCUCUUCAUCUACACCGUCUCAGCAUGCAAGCACACACAUUUUCAAAAUGUCGCUGAGUGCCCCAUCGCGCAGGGCCUCGCCGACAGCCCCGGCGCUCGGCUGAACUUGACGCUCCAACGACCUAAGUUCCUGUUCGACACGGCACAGUCAACGUCGCGCACGCCGGAGUACUACAAGGCCACAUUCGACUGUCCAAAGCGCAAAGCCGUCAGACCUGUGGCGGAACUCUGCCCACGAUGCGCUGACCAGCAGAACCUCGCUGCUGUUUCUGAGUCGCUGGAGGCGCCGCCAGCUAUGGUGUGUAACGUCGCGGGGAGCGGCAGUGCUGGAAGCGAGGUGGCGCUCGUGACGGCGAGUUCUUCUGUUAGCGAUGGAGGCACGUCAGGCACAUCAACGCCGAGGUCGUUCUGGAAGCUAACCCGCCCGAGAGAGUAUAUCUGA